UCGUCAGAGGCAGGGAAAGCAAGCAGAUUUUAUUGAUUGCAGAGUGAGUGAGUGAAGUGAAGUCUGCGUCUGGCCCAGCACCACUUUCGGCCCGAAUAUAUCGUUGUUGUUGCGCGAAAUGCGUGUGCCCGUCCGCUUGGCGUGUUCGACCCCCAGGCCCGGCUAAACGCGAGCGCAGACGAGGAAAAAAAACGUACCCCACCGGCCGCCGACGACAAACGCAAGAAGAAGGAGUUUUGACACUGCCGCCGAAUAUUAUAUUCGUGUAGCCGCGCCGAGAAAUGACGAGCACGGAAAGGAUCAACGUGCCCUUGGGCAGCCCCACCGAGCCAGUUCAGACGGGCUCGACAAUUUUGUCAUCGGGGCAGGGAUUGGCAAGGAGCGCUUGUGGAUACGGUAUGUCUCCCCCUCCAGGGCCUCCAGGUCCUGGGCCGGUGGGGCCCCCUGCCGUUGUCCCAGCUGCAGGCAUUAACCCUGCGUUGCCCCCAGCAGCGCCCAAUCCGGCAGCACCAGCAGAUGUGCCAGUAUUCAUGUGUCCAAGAAGACCAAACUUGGGCCGUGAGGGCCGGCCCAUCCUGCUGAAGGCCAACCACUUCCAAAUAACAAUGCCGAGGGGCUUUGUGCACCACUAUGAUGUCAAUAUCCAGCCAGACAAGUGUCCCCGCAAGGUCAACAGGGAGAUCAUAGAGACCAUGGUGCAAGCCUACUCUAAGCUCUUCGGCACCAUCAAGCCUGUCUUUGACGGCCGCAACAACCUGUACACCCGAGACCCUCUGCCCAUCGGCAACGACAGGGCCGACCUGGAAGUCACCCUUCCAGGUGAAGGCAAGGAUAGAGUCUUCAGGGUCACAAUCAAGUGGGUGGCCCAGGUCUCUUUGUCCGCUUUGGAAGAGGCCUUGGAAGGAAGGACCAGGCAAAUUCCCUUCGAUGCAAUAUUGGCCCUUGAUGUUGUGAUGCGUCACUUGCCAUCAAUGACUUACACUCCAGUCGGCCGCAGCUUUUUCUCAUCUCCUGAUGGCUAUUAUCAUCCUCUGGGAGGAGGUCGUGAAGUUUGGUUUGGUUUCCAUCAGUCUGUUCGUCCUUCCCAAUGGAAGAUGAUGCUGAACAUUGAUGUUUCUGCAACUGCUUUCUACAAGGCCCAACCUGUGAUUGAGUUCAUGUGUGAGGUGCUCGAUAUCAGGGAUGUCAACGAGCAAAGAAAGCCACUUACUGACUCUCAAAGAGUAAAAUUCACCAAGGAAAUCAAAGGUCUGAAGAUUGAGAUCACUCACUGUGGUGCCAUGAGGCGCAAGUACAGAGUCUGCAACGUCACAAGGAGGCCAGCUCAAAUGCAAUCCUUCCCUCUCCAGCUCGAAAACGGACAGACUGUUGAAUGCACUGUGGCCAAGUACUUCCUUGAUAAGUACAAGAUGAAACUUCGCUAUCCCCACCUUCCAUGCCUUCAAGUUGGACAGGAACACAAGCACACAUACUUGCCUCUUGAAGUGUGUAACAUUGUUGCUGGACAGAGGUGCAUCAAGAAGCUUACAGACAUGCAGACGUCGACCAUGAUCAAAGCAACAGCCAGAUCUGCUCCAGAUAGGGAAAGGGAAAUCAACAACCUUGUGAGGCGGGCUGAUUUCAACAACGACUCUUACGUCCAAGAAUUUGGAUUGGCAAUCUCAAACAACAUGAUGGAAGUGAGAGGACGAGUCUUGCCCCCGCCAAAACUGCAAUACGGAGGACGGGCCAACUCCAUCAGUGGCCUGGUAAAUACCUGUGUGAAGCAACAAGCUCUGCCUAACCAAGGCGUCUGGGACAUGCGUGGCAAGCAGUUCUUCUCUGGUGUUGAAAUCAGAGUUUGGGCAAUUGCCUGCUUUGCUCCUCAGCGUACUGUGCGCGAAGACGCCUUGCGCAACUUCACCCAGCAGCUGCAGAAGAUAAGCAAUGACGCUGGUAUGCCCAUCAUUGGCCAGCCUUGCUUCUGCAAGUAUGCCACUGGACCUGACCAGGUCGAGCCCAUGUUCCGCUACCUGAAGACAACAUUCCCCGGGCUGCAACUGGUGGUUGUCGUUCUGCCCGGCAAGACUCCAGUCUACGCUGAGGUCAAGCGUGUUGGUGACACCGUCCUUGGCAUGGCGACGCAAUGCGUGCAGGCCAAGAAUGUGAACAAAACAUCGCCCCAGACGCUGUCCAACCUGUGCCUCAAGAUAAACGUCAAGCUUGGUGGUAUCAACAGCAUCCUGGUUCCCAGCAUCCGACCCAAGGUUUUCAACGAACCAGUCAUCUUCCUUGGCGCCGACGUCACACACCCACCAGCCGGUGACAACAAGAAGCCAAGCAUUGCCGCUGUUGUGGGGUCCAUGGACGCUCAUCCUUCUCGCUACUCGGCCACUGUUCGGGUUCAGCAGCACAGGCAGGAGAUCAUUCAGGAACUCAGCUCCAUGGUCAGGGAGCUGCUUAUAAUGUUCUACAAAAGCACCGGUGGGUACAAACCAAAUAGGAUCAUUCUAUAUCGAGAUGGUGUCUCGGAGGGUCAAUUCCUGCAUGUGCUCACUCAUGAAUUGACUGCUAUUCGCGAGGCCUGCAUCAAGCUGGAAGGCGAUUACAAACCAGGCAUCACCUUCAUUGUUGUCCAGAAGAGGCAUCACACCAGGCUAUUCUGUGCAGACAAGAAAGAGCAGUCGGGCAAAUCUGGCAACAUCCCCGCCGGUACAACAGUGGACGUGGGCAUCACUCAUCCAACAGAGUUUGACUUCUACCUGUGCAGUCACCAGGGCAUCCAAGGAACGAGCCGUCCGAGCCACUACCACGUUUUGUGGGACGACAACCACUUCGACGCCGACGAGCUGCAGUGCCUGACCUACCAGCUGUGCCACACCUACGUCCGCUGCACCCGCUCCGUCUCUAUUCCGGCGCCGGCCUACUACGCUCACUUGGUGGCAUUCAGGGCACGUUACCACCUGGUCGAAAAAGAGCACGACAGUGGCGAGGGCUCGCACCAGUCCGGCUGCAGUGAAGAUCGCACUCCUGGCGCCAUGGCACGCGCCAUCACUGUGCAUGCCGACACCAAGAAAGUCAUGUAUUUUGCCUGAGCAAGUAUUAUUCCAUGCAGGCAGCCGUACCUUCUCUUGUCACCACACAUCAUGUUUUUUCUACUGCAUAUAUUUUUUGAUUCUUUUGACACGUGGAAUCGGCCCAUUCCAUAAAACACAUCCAACUACACGAAUAGAAGAGUUCCAUUGUAUUUUUGUCUCUCGAACUUGAUUGGGGUAUCUGAAAGUGUUGUAAAUCAAGUUAUUUUUGAGGUUGACACAACUUGCCAGAUUAACAGCUGAAAAAUCCAAAUUUUUCUAAUUCUAGAAGGACCUCUUCUUGUCGCUUUGUUUCUUGUGAUGUUCUUUGGGGUUCGGACUUCUUUUUUGUUUAAGGAAUGUAAAGCAACGAGGGCUGCACAAAUCAAGUAGUAUUUACGUUUCACUGAGGAAAUGCCAGAAAUCAUGUAAAGCGAAGAAAAUGUUGUGUUGUUGUGCUCUUAGUGUUUGUAACUCAUUUCCAUUGAUAAGGAAAAUUGUGAAAAUUUGACCACACAAUAUUUAUUCGCAAUGGCUCUGUUGAUUAGAAUCGACUAUGGAAUUAAUUUAGGAAAGCACUGAACAACGUUUUAGUCACCUUGUGUUCUGACUUGCAAAUGACGUAGAUGUUAGACGUUAAAUCAAGAUCUAUUAUUUCUUUUUAAAAUUAAUGCAGCCAAGAGAAUUCAACAAGAUAGAAUACUGUUGAUUUCUGGUCCCAUGAAAUAUCAGAACCAGUUAUUUGCUGACAUAAAAUUAUUGAACAUACGAAUUCUCUUGGCCUUUUAGAAAAUCCAUGGUUUUAUAAACCCUGUGACUUAACGGAAGCGAAUAAGAAAUGUCCAAGGAAGGAAUUCUGGCUGAAUUCCUUCAUUGCCAAUAACAAUUACUUUGAUGGAAAUUAUUCCGAACCCUGCCUUUUAUUAUUUUGUAAGCUGUCGUGUGUAGCUGUUACUAAAGAAGCAAAAAUGUAAUCAUACUAAUUAUGACAAGGUCAUGUAAUAAAUGAGAAAUUAAAGUAAGCAAGAAAUAGGAAAAGGGUCCACGGAGAGCCGUGACAACCUCUCAACUGCAUAGGCAGUCCCGUGCACAAUCAGCUUUUCAGACAACUGCUCGAGGCUACCUUUCGUGCGGCUUCACAGGACCUCCACGGCGCUCUGUUGCCCUUGCCACCACCAUUAUUAUUCACGUAAAUUGACAAUGAUUUGCCCCCCGAAUUGGCGCUCCUGAUUGAUACUUACUAUAACGUUGUAGAAUGUACUUUGUAUCGCAUUAAUAUAAUUAUAGUCUUGGAUUUUUCCUCAAGUUUCUCUCCGUUUUACAAUUGAAUCAAUUGGUUAUUCAAUUAUGAUCACACACAGUGCUGGCAGUUAAUUGGUCGCAACAAAACUGAUCGCAAGCGCUGCUGAAAGAGAACAAAUCAUGAAAACGAAUUUGCUAUUCAAUUAUCCAUUAAUCGUGCUUUGUGGCGUUAGUAAUUAUACUUACAUUCAUAUAAAGAUUACUUCAUUGUCUUAAAAGAAUAAAAUCGUCUAUCGUUUAAACUUCAACUAAUGCUUC